AUGCUUCGCGUUACCUCCCUCGCAGUGCUGGCGAGCUUCGCCUCCUCAGGAGUGCUGGCAGCAGUGACGGUAACGCAAUCCUUAACAUCUCAACUUCCACAGAUCGCCCACGUCGGCCAGCCUUACACUUGGACCUUCGCGCCCAACACCCUGACUUCAUCCCACCCUGACGCCACCAUUGAUUACGUUAUCAGCAGCGGACUGCCAGCUUGGGCUCGCUUUGAUGCUCCGUCGCUGACUAUUAGUGGAACACCUGCAAGCGACGAUCAGGGCCAGUCACGCAUUGCGGUUCACGGCACUGAACGCAAUGGGGACCAAUCCGCAGGCGCAUCAGAUUCCUUCAAUUUGCUCGUCCUCCAAGAGCCAGCACCUACACUCAACAAAGCCUUGCCAGAUCAACUCUCCGUGGCAAGCUCUUUGGGUCCAAAGAACAUUUUGCCGGGCAACAAGCUGCACAUACCGUUGGGCUGGUCCUUUAGCGUCGGAUUCGAUGGGAACACUUUCUCGCUGCCCGAUGGAUCGAACGUCUACACCUCUGCAGGCCUGGCGGAUCGUACGCCUUUGCCCUCGUGGCUCACCUACGAUGCGGGAUCUUACACCAUGUACGGCGUUGCGCCGACUCAAGUCGGUCCGGAAGGACCGCAGUUCGAUUUUGUCAUGACCGGCUCCAACAGAGAGGGCUAUGGAGGAACUACCAGCGCGCUCACCAUUGUGGUCAGCAAUCAUGCUCUGACCCUUGGCGCUCCGCUUCGAUCUGUAAACGUCACGGCCGGUGAUGCUUUGCGCUACGUCAUUCCGACCACUGGCCUGCAGCUCGACGGUCAUCAGUCACCUCCGGAGAACAAGAUCACCAUCGCCGCAGACCUGUCUGGGUACCCGUUCUUGACAUUCGACGCUGGCGCUGACGCUCUUAGUGGCUCUGUACCUUUUGAUGCGGCUCAAAACGACAGCCUGACACCGUACAUGGUGCCAUUGACCUUCAAGGAUACAUACAACAAUUCGUUGCCAGUCAAUCUCACUCUCCAAGUCUUUCCAUCGCCCUUCGUCUUAGAGACGCUUCCCAACAUAUUUGUUGAUCCGGGACACAUGUUCAACCAGUCCCUUUCGGCGCUGCUCAAGCGACCGAACGGCACAGAUCUUAGUGCCAAAUUCGACCCACCAAGCGACUGGCUGAGCCUGGACGACGAAGAUGAACAGCAUUUGCUUGCUGGCAAACCGCCCACUAACGCGGAUCAGGAUCGUGUCAAGGUGACGCUCACUGCAACUGUCAAUGAAGGUCAGAUGCAGAGGAACUCAACCGCGACUUUCUAUAUUGCUGUCAAAGGCGAUGCGGCUCCUACGGGCUCGACAGGCAGUGGGUCUAGUGAUAAUGGCGCCAAGACCAGCGGCAUGACCUCCCGAGGGCAAAUCGCUCUGAUUGCGUCUCUGGCUUCUGCCGGCGGCCUGGUCGCGCUCGUGUUCAUCAUGGUGGUCUGUCGACGUUGCUGCGCUGUGGAAGACCACGACACUGCGGGACGCAUGAUCGACCACGACACGAGCGCGGACGAAAGGACGCUGCGAGACGAAAAGUCUCCGAAGAUUGGUGCUGGUGGAUGGAAGAGCCGCAACGUCGGAGAUGGGGCGAGCUCGUACGGCGGCAGUCCUUACCUUGAUCCUAAAGCAUUGCCAGACGGCAACAAGUGGGAGCAUUCACCUCAAGCUCAGGCUGCGGAAUUGCACAGCAUCAUGGUCAGCGGAGGAAGGGGAGCACACACCCCAGCCAUGAACGAGGCUAUGGAAGCUUUGGCUAGAGCGGAAGCUGUCAAUCGAGCUGCAGAAGUGCCGCCCUCUGCGCCCGACCGAGUUGUCCAACACUCGAUCAUGGGCGCGAUGCCUUGGGCAAAAAAGAACCGUCCUCGUAAUCCGCCACCCACUUCGAGCAGUAAGAGCUUGCACCACCAAGCUACCGUCAACAGCGCGCUUGCAGCCUCGACGGGCUCGGGUUUAGGUUUGCAACUUUCUCAAGGUGACGAUCCCUACACGUCACCUAUGAGUGCGCGCCACUCGCGCAGCAGGCAUUCUAGGCACAGUGCCGCUUCUUCGCACGCAAGCUGGGAGAGUGGCGGAAUUUUUUACGAGAACGAGCGCGGUGGAGCAGACGAUGCGGGCUCGUUCGAAGCGCCCGUCAGACGUGGAGGGCCCCGCGCCAUGCCAGCCGGCAUCCUCAAACAGACGAGUCCGAUGCGACAUCGCAACAGUCACAUCAACGAGUCUCCGCACUUUUCUACGCAGCAAGGAGCUUUUCCAGCCAACAACUUUGGCACGAGAAGUGGUAGCGAGGAGCUUUCGUCCAUUGGUCAUGACCAAUUUGUCGAUUCCAAUAGCGGGCCAGAAGUAGAUGAGCCUGAGAUGCACGCUGUCGAGAUUUCCCAGGCACGAAGAGUCGAUGUUAGGCAGGUACCUCGAAAUGUCUCCUCAUCCGUCGAUCCAGCCACCUACGUAGCUUCUGGAGCUUUCGAAGACGCUGAGGAUGACGAGUUGACCGUUGGUGGUCGCAGUCGCAGCACUAGCCCCAACCGACCACGAUCCACCCAGGAGUCGGCCAGAAGGAAUCGUGACAGCGUAAUGAGCGGCAUGACAAACGAUUUCAGAGCAGUCAAAGAUCAUUUGGUCUUUCCCGACAACCACAACAAUCUGAGAGCGGGUCGUCCGGCGUCGAUCACCAGCUCAGUCAUGUCGACUCAAGGACAGCCAACGAUGAGGAUGGUACAGAGUGGCUCGCCGCCCCCUACGCCAUCACCUUGGGACGGUCAACCAUUUGCAGGCGCUGCAUCGGACUAUCCUCGGCCGCCUUUGUUCAGAUUCGCGACCUCUCGCAUUCAGAACCAAGCGCCACAGAUCAUCAAGGUUGCGCCCGAGGGGCGUACAGCCUUCACAAUGCAUCCCGAUCCUCCGCCUCAACUUCGCGGAGCGCCCGACUCUCCGGGCAAGAGGAGCGGAACGAGGCGAACAUCGUACAAGCCGUUGAUCUUUGACGAGUCGAUGCCCGACUUCCACGGCAAAUGGCCGCCAUGGAUGGAGUGGCUGCACUUCGACGACAGGACAUUUGAGAUGUCUGGAACACCGCCUGCUGGUCUGGCAGAGACGGGCUUGGGAACACUACCCAUCGCUCUGGUGUUAUCGACCUACAGACAACCACCCAGUCCUGCACUGGGAUCCGGCAAUGCUCCGCCGAGCCCAGGCAAGAGACCUCACACUGCCGAAGGUGCAGAGGAGGAUCUCGAAGUUGUGGCAAGAGCGGACCUGCUCUUUCCCCAAAGCGGUCCUCAGGUCUUCUGA